UUGACCCGCCUCUCUGCAAGAGGAUAGGCUCAUCUAGAAGCGGGUAAAACCCUCACUCUCUCUACAUUUCUCCUCCUCCUCCUCCACUGCUCCACAGGCGUUCUUCUUCUCAGUCCCGCAAAAAACCCUAGCCCGCAUUCCUAUGGUUUCCAUUCCUUGCAGCUAUUCUGUGGCAGCUCGCCUACCGCGGUUCUCCGAUCUAUCUGAAACUCACUUCCCCAACCUCUCACGCCAUGCUCGAUUUCACAAAUGCCGAUCGGCUUCUGGUCCUAUAACCGCCGUCGGAACUAACUCUUCCGGCACCGAUCCGCUCGACGGGAAGCCGCAGCCUCCGAGGACGUUAUUUCCCGGCGGAUUCAAGCGCCCGGAGAUAAAGAUUCCGAGUUUGGUGCUUCGAUUAGGCGCGGAUGAGGUGCUUCGCUGGGACGAUGCGGGCGCCGCGCUGGGCGAAGCAAUAUCGAUGGGGGUGGGGAUCGUCGUGCUCGACGUUGGGGAGCAGAGCGGCGGCCGGUUAUAUGAGGCAGCCUGUUUGUUGAAGUCUGCUUUGGGCGACAGAGCUUACCUUCUGAUUUCGGAGCGUGUGGAUGUUGCUGCCGCUGUUGGGGCCGGUGGAGUUGUUCUCUCUGAUCAGGGAAUUCCUGCCAUAGUGGCAAGGAAUAUGUUGUCCAAAUCAAAAUCUGAUGCCGUUUUUCUCCCCAUUGUGGCAAGAGAGGUACAUAAUGCAAUCUCUGCAGAGCAUGCAGCAAGUUCUGAUGGUGCUGACUUUAUUAUAAUCUGUAAUGGAAGUGGGAACUGGAAAAGGGUGAUUGAAGAAUCAUUUACCCAUUACGUCAAGGUGCCCAUCUUUUUAAAUAUGGAAUCUUCUGGAGACAGUUUAGCUGCUGAUGUGCUGUCCAAAUUACUACAACUCGGAGCAUCUGGAGUAGUUAUAUCCACAGACUCUCUGAAGCUAUUUAGUAAUGGUUACUUGGAGAAGAUUUUCUUAGCCAAACAUGGGUCAAUAAGAGUAUUACAAGAUGGCUUUGCAGAUUCCAGUAAAAUGAAAGUAGAUGGUUUUACAAGCAUGUUUAAUAUGGUGAAGGGGAUUGCUGGAUUUAUGAAGCUUGAUGACAAAGAGAUAAAGCUUCUAGAGAUGGAAAGUCUUUUGUUAAAGGAAGCUAUUGCAGUUAUACACAAGGCUGCGCCAAUGAUGAGUGAAGUUGCACUGCUUGUCGAUGCUGCUUCUCGCCUUAAGGAGCCCUUUUUAAUGGUUAUUGUGGGUGAGUUUAAUUCUGGAAAAUCAACUGUUAUAAAUGCUCUCCUUGGAAGAAGGUACCUGAAGGAAGGAGUAGUUCCCACAACAAAUGAGAUAACUCUGUUAUGCUACUCUAAGACGGACUCCAACAAAGAGGAGCGAUGUGAAAGAAACCCUGAUGGCCAAUUCAUAUGCUAUGUUUCUUCUCCAAUUCUCAAGAAUAUGAACCUAGUUGAUACACCUGGUACAAAUGUGAUUCUUCAGAGGCAGCAACGUCUCACCGAAGAAUUUGUUCCUCGUGCUGAUUUAGUUCUUUUUGUUAUUUCAUCGGAUCGACCAUUGACUGGAAGUGAGGUAUCCUUUCUUCAAUAUGUACAGCAGUGGAAGAAAAAAGUUGUUUUUGUUCUAAACAAAAUGGAUCUUUAUCAGAACUCCAGUGAGCUUGAGGAAGCUACAGUAUUCAUCAAAGAGAACACACAGAAACUUCUUGGCAUUGGAGAUUUGCGGCUAUAUCCUGUAUCUGCACGGUCUGCACUUGAAGCGAAGCUUUCUGCUUUAUCUUUUAAUGCUCGAAACUAUGAGGAGCUCUUGUAUAAUGAUCCUCGCUGGAUUUCGAGUAAAUUUGGUGAGCUUGAGAAUUUCUUAUAUAGCUUCCUGGAUGGUUCAACUGACACUGGUAUGGAACGAAUGAAGCUUAAGCUUGAGACACCAGUCGCUAUUGCGGAGCGCCUAUUGGAUUCUUCUGAAAGGCUGCUUCUGCAGCAACAGGACGAAGCAUCUCACGAUCUGAUCUCUAUCAAAGAAGUUGUUGGUAGCACUAAAGAUUAUGCCAUGAAGAUGGAAAAUGAGAGCUUAUUAUGGAAGAAAAAAGUAGUUUCUAUGAUUGAAGCAGCGGAAUCUCAAGCUGUAGAGCUCAUGGAGUCGACUCUUCAGCUUUCUAAUAUUGAUCUCAUCACAACAUAUGCUUUCAAAGGAGAAAAAUCGAGACCUAUAGCUUCCACUUCAACCUUACAGAAUGAAAUCAUCAUCCCUGCUCUCUCUGGUGUGCAGAGAUUACUUGGAGAGUAUUCAGAAUGGUUGCAAUGUGAGUUCGUUAGUGAGGGAGAGCUUUGCUUGGAACGCCUUCAAAAACAGUGCAAUAAAGGCCUCGGCCUUAGGGAUGUCAUGCAAGCGAACACAGUGGGACUUACAGAACAUGGAGAAAAGCUCAGCACAAAGGUGAUGGAGGACUUCAGUGCCAGUGCUGCUUCGAGACUUUGUGAACAAGAAAUUCGUGAAGUUGUUUAUGGAACUUUUGGAGGGCUAGGGGCAGCAGGUCUAUCUGCAUCUCUUCUAACGUCCGUGCUACCAACGACGCUGGAAGAUCUCGUUGCUCUGGCGUUUUGUUCUGCUGGCGGAUUUCUGGCAAUAUCAAAUUUUCCUGCGCGGCGGAGAGAAGCAAUACAGAAGGUGAGAAAAGUGGCAGAUAAGUUGGCCAUCAGAGCGGCAGAAGCGAUGCAGACAGAACUUCUGCAUGCCUCUGAGAGAUUACAUGCCUAUGUUGAGUUCAUCAGCAAACCCUAUCAGGAUUCUGCUCAGCAGAGGGUUGAUUCCUUGCUGGCAACUGGAGAAGAGUUGGCAGCCACGGCGAAGCAGUUGCAGCAUUUGAAAGCUGAAAUUCAGACCCUUCAUGUACUUCAGCCAAGAGCACGCCAGAUCCACUAGCGUCGCCCACGUAGUACCCAGGAGGAAAGCGCUGCCCAGAGAAUGUGUUAAUAUAUAUGGAAUUUUCUCUAAAUAAAAAUUGAAUAAAUUUAUACUUCUAAAAAAAAUUAUAAAAAUCAUUUUAUA